AAGACUCCACACUACAACGCGAGUAAAUCCGAGAUCCAACAAAUGUAAAAUAAUAAUGAAUAAACGUUUUGCUUUACGCGUGUUAGUAAAUUGAUAGUGGCAGUUUAUUACCUUGUUUUAUAUUUCCCUAGUUCAAUUGUCGUUUUUUGGAGAAACCAGUACUACGCGACCUUAAACUGCCGAGAAGUUUUGUUACAGUAAAAAUCCCCUCGCACCAUUUUAUUUUUGAAUGAGCAGCAGAAGGACCAGACAGAAAAGUAAUGUCGGGUCCUAAAGGUACCAGGGAAACUGGCAGAGACAGCACCGCGGAGGGGGAGGCUGAAAUGUCCGCGACCCCGGAGCAUGGCGAAGUCCCCGAGCAGACAAAGCAGCGCGACCGACAUUUAACGCUCGGGACGCAGGAGGGUCUGAACGCCAGCGCUAAGUGCAGUGUGGGAAAGACGGAACACUAUGAUGUCAGGCCCUGCGAUGUGAGCCAUGCCUUACAGGACCAUAGGCGCACAACCUCUGAUGACCCAGUGCAUCAUGUGACCAGCAGCAAGAGAACAGUGGGCUUCAUCAGUGGGUGCAGGACAGAGGAAUAUGCAGCUUUGCUAGCAAGGAACAGGGAUCUGGAAGCUCUCCAGCAGGAGGCUGUAGAAUGCAGGAAGAGGAAGCCUACUGUCAGGCAGCAGGCUGAGGAAGAGGCUUUCAGACGCUACAUGAAGAUCGUCUGCAAUGAUCCACUUUGCCCAGAGACAGUGCUGGUCCCUCCAGGGUGGGUCACUGGCAGCCUACCCCUGACCCCACCAACCACAAGAAAGAGCAAGAAAGUGAAGGAUGGAACUGCAGAGGAAAGUGUCACGACGCUGCCUUCCUACCUGCAGUUUAACCUGCAUUCAUCUCAGCUGCAUACAUCUCCGUCCUCUUAG